AUGGAAGGAGCUGAGUUGACAGAAAAGAGUGAUAUAGCAAAAGGGUUUAACAGGCUUCUUUCUGCAGUUUUCCAAUCGUCAAAGCCCAGUCCAGCUAGCAUCAAUCAAUGUACACAAGGGGUUGUCUCAAGAGUGACUGACGAAAUGCUCCAACAGCUGGAUAGGCCUUGCACAGUUGAAGAAGUGGAGGUGGCUCUCAGGCAAAUGUCCCCUUUCAAGUCUCCAGGACCCGACGGUUUCAGCGCUGGUUUUUACCAGGAUCACUGGAAAAUUGUUAGUCAUGACGUCUCUAAAGCUGUUAUAUAUUUCUUCAUUCAUAGAAAUCUCCCUAAAGGCUGGAACCAUACUCAUCUGGUCCUCAUUCCCAAGGUAAAGUCCCCUACUUCAGUGCGUGAGUUUAGGCCUAUUUCUCUUUGCAAUGUGAAUUACAAAUUGAUUUCUAUGGUUCUAGCAAAUAGGAUGAAAGGGAUUUUAGGUAAGGUGAUUUGCUGGAAUCAAAGCGCCUUUAUUCUAAAUAGGCUGAUAACCGAUAAUAUAAUGGUUGCAUACGAGUUACUUCACUCUAUGCAUUCCAAAAGGAAAGGAAGGGCAGGGUCCAUGGCCAUCAAACUGGACAUGUCCAAAGCCUAUGAUAGAGUAGAGUGGGAUUUUUUAGCGGCCAUGCUCCUUAAGUUGGGCUUUAGUCAGAAUUGGACAGACUUAGUGAUGGAAUGUGUUAAGUCCGUUUCUUACUCUGUUGUUAUCAAUGGGGAGCCAGGGAAAGAAAUUCUUGUAAAGAGUGUACUGCAAGCUAUUCCAACCUAUACGAUGAGUAUCUUUAAAUUGCCCAUACUGCUACUAAAAGAAAUUGAGACUCUUCUGGCUAGGUUUUGGUGGCACCAUAAAGGGGAAGGAAGAGGCAUUCACUGGAAAACAUGGAGCUCUCUGGGACUGGUAAAGAAUCAGGACGGUCUGGGUUUCAGGGACCUCAGUAGGUUUAAUAAAGCUCUUCUAGCCAAGCCAGUUUGGAGGCUGAUGACAGAUCCCCAUUCGCUGGUGUCCAGAGUGUUCAAACAGAAGUACUUUCGGAAAUGUGAUUUAUUGGAGGUAGAAUUGAAAGGCUCAUCUUCUUCUUUUCUUUGGAAAAGUAUUUGGUCUAGUUUGGAGCUGUUAAAGGAAGGAACUGUUUGGAGAAUAGGCAAUGGAGCUAGCAUAAAAAUCUCGAAGGAUAAGUGGCUGCCAAGACCAGUGACAUACCAGGUCCAAACCCCUCCAAAUACCCUUGACCCAGAAUCUAGAGUGGAAGUCCUAAUGGAUACUGAAAAUAGAUCUUGGAAAAAAGAUCUGGUGGCAGCAGUAUUUAAGGAAGAGGAAGCUAAGUGCUCAAAGAAAGGAACCUUUUCAGUCAAGAGUGCCUACUUUCUAGCAACUUCACUCAAGGGGAGAUACUCGGGGGAAGGCUCAAAAGAAGGGGGAAAUUCUGAUUGGUGGAAGGCUCUUUGGCGUUUAGAAGUCCCUGGAAAGCUCUUAUGGUCAGAUUUGAUCAAUUUACUUACUAAGGAGAACCUCGAACUGGCCUUAGUCCUUAUGUAUCAUUUAUGGGCCAGGAGGAACGCAUUCAUAUUCCAAAAUCAAUUCUCCCAACCAGGUUCAGUUUCAGCAAAGGCUCAAGCUGAGCUCUCUUUGUUCUGUGAGUGCAAUACAGUCAACAAGAUCAGAGUUGAAGACAGCAUUAGGAAAGGGUCGACUGUAAUUUGGAAGCCUCCGGACCAGCCUUUUGUAAAAGGCAACUUUGAUGCAGCUUUUAACAAGACCAAUGGCAGAAUGGGGAUGGGGAUAGUAAUUAGAGACCAUGCAGACAACACGUGGUUGGGACAAUUGAUAGAGGACCUGCAGCAGUUUUUGGUGUCCAACCCAUCCUGGCAACUGAAUUUCGUUCAUAGACAAGCAAACAAAGUUGCUCAUACUGCAGCUCAACUAGCUAUUUCUAAUGUUAUUGAUUGUUUUUGGUUAAAUGAUGGCCCUCCAGAGGUCAAAAGUAUGGUUUUGAAAGAUGUAAUUUGUUCGGUGUAA